AAUGAUAAAAUUUUCAGUACUUUAAUUAAAUUGGUUUAAUUAACUCCAAGCAUGAAGUUUCUGCUGCUUAUAACUGUAAUUAUUUUUGUAUUAAUUCAUAUUUCGUAUGAAGAAACUACGGAUGAAUUUUGCUUGGAACCUGCUAAAGGCGCAAAAUUUUGGAAAUGCUCCCUUAGAAAGCUGCCCGAUUAUCAUCGUACAUUUUUCGAACAAUUAGCUGAUUGUGUGAUUACCAAGAAAGGAUUCUCAAAUAGAAACAGAGCUUUAGUGUAUUUCUCGUGCACCGAUGCUUCUCUAUUAGGAAAGGUAAGACUUAACUUAAGAUAUGACGAUAAAAUAUCUUUAUAUAUCAUGUAAUAUUAAUUUUAAGAAAUAUAUUUAUUAUUUCAGGUUGUACAUUGUUUUCAAA